AUGGCAUCCCACACAAAAGACGCCUUGGAACUCCCAGAAGACCCCAAAGCUGAUGAUUGGAUCGAGAUAAUUUGGGAAAAAGACACACCGACACCGAAAAUCCGAAUUACGAGCUAUGCCAUGGUUACUGCUAUAGCAAGGAUUGGCAGAGUUGCGUCUCCCUUAACUAAACAGCACUCUCCUGGUCCUAUCUACCAUGAUUUUCUCAAUGCUCUUCAGGGUACCUCUUGUGAUCAAUCCUUUGCCGCAGCAAUUUGGAAGGUUCGAGAGGCACUUGACCGGGAAUUGGAUUUGCUGAAAACCAAUUUCGGUCCGGAAAUCCUUCAGGUAGAGAGUGAGAUAGGUUGGCACUAUUGGACAGAGGUGAUCUAUCGCCGGUUUUUAGGCACCUAUAAACUCCAUCAUGUUAGGAAAAGUGUUCUACCCGCGGCUGAGGAUUCCGAGAUUAUUGAAGCCACUCUGGCCGGAAUUUGCCCUUCAAUGUGGGGUUUGCUUCUUCGGUUCGCAUCUUCUGAUGAGAAUUUUUAUGUUGCUGUUACAUUCAAAGAAAUUCAGCAUCUCCACCGACGAGGGGUUACCUUCUUGGAGAACUAUCAGUCCACCAAAUCCCAGAGUGAUGACACUCGCAGUCACGCUGGCCCUCGCAGAAUCGGCUACAGAAAUUUGAGGAAGGACGAAAAUGUGACCUGUGCUGAAGUUACAUCAGUAUUUUUGACAAAGAAGGUGGAGACCUGGUUUAGAAUGGCAUUGUAUUCGGCAAGGGCUAAUUACCUUAGGUACCAGGUAAUCAGUCAACUGCACCCCCAGGCCAGUGAAUUCAGAGCCGUCUUGAACUUUAAUGAGGGAAAUGAAUAUGGCUGGAAUAAAACAGGAUAG